ACUGCAAAUUUACCCCAUCUUUUAAAAACUUUUUUAGACUUGAAAACAAAUUAAAAAAUAAUGGCCAGAUUUGCAAUUUCUUUACUUGCUCUCCUUGUGUUGGCAUCAUAUGCCUCAGCCACAACCCUAGAAGAAGUGUGCAAAGGCACCACCAAUGCUACAUAUUGCGUAAAACUACUCCAACCAACCGUCAUGCCAGACACCGAUUUCAACAGCACCUUAUGGCACAAGAUGGUCAUCUCCCGGGCCGUGACCCGGGCAAUGAUGGCCAAGGAUUUCAUGGCUAGGUUGCCUAAUGUGCCCAAGGAAAACACGGCCGCCUUGAGCGCGUGCGCACACAAGCUUCGCCAGAGCAUCAAGUUGCUCAGGGAAGCAGCCGCGGAGUAUGGCGUUGGCCCCGCCAAUGUGACCGGGACAUUGGACCGGGUCUCGGCUUUCCAAAAUGCUUGCUCCGGCUUGUUGAAGGAUGUCGGCGCGGCCAUGGAGCAAGUCAGAGUGCACGCCAACGAAGCCGCUGCCGCUACUUACAUUGCCAAAGAUUUGAUUUAAAAAUACUAUACUAAAUUUUUACGCUGGGUAAGAAAAAAAGGAGUAGCAAAAUAUUCAUAUGAUGGAUAUGAAGCUUAGUAAGUAUUAAACGGACUGAUUGUCUGGUUUGGAUUUUGUUUCUUUGCCAUAAUUUUUACUAAAAAUAAAAAUCUAAACCAGACUAAUCAUAUUAUGGUAUAUGAAGCUUACUAGGCUCUUGACUAGGGCUCAAAGAUGAACAUAAUUCUUCUUUUUCUAUUUUGUGAAUUGGGAAUUUUGAGAGAUUGUUGAAUCUUGACUUGUUGAAGUUUUUAAAUAAAAGAGAUUAUUUAUUUAUUUAUUUAUUUCAUUUAAGUAGCAUCGAAUUGAAGAUUUCCAUGUGUGUUUUGCUUGAAAUCCCUGAAUUUGUUUUAAAGGAAAAAAAAGUGUUGUAAUUAUAUAUGAUUUCUUACAGCCACGCUUCAUGAUUUCUUGUCACGUUUGAGUGAUUCCAUGGCCAUUCCAAGUAGGUUUCUUAGGAAGUAGCGGUGAACUUCUUAAACUGUAUUGGAGUUUCUUCUUCUAUUUUCUUUGUUUUUUUUUCCCCAAAAAGAUUAAUUGUCAAUUUUCUUUAAUCCUCGAUGUGUCUCGAACCGUAACCUAUACAUACGCCGUCGUCCAUACAAAAAUUGGUUCCCUCUGUUCUCAACCCAAAC